ACCAUUAACCGUGAGACAAACCAAACGCCUAAUGGUUUUAUAACUCAGAAAACGUUUUCAAUCUCAUAACAAUAAGAAUAUAAAUCUAUGCUCGGAAAUUUUGUAGGAAGUCGAUCGCAAAAAAGGUUCGGUUUUUUGUCUACACGAACCGUUGGCGAAAUCGUUAUUGUUCGUGCUUCAACGGGCGGGGGACGGUAAUAACAAGUAAGGGUGCGCCGCAAUGGAACUUCUACCUGAGUCCUCAAGCAAUGUAAUCUAAUAGACCCUCUGUCUAAUUCUUAUAUAGUAGAUGCAGUACGCUACUUGCGCUGGCCUAGUUAAUUCGUAUUUGCGAUGUCGGCUAAUACAAAUGAAAAUUGGCUUCUCGUGGAGUGGAGUGACGGUGGUCGCGAUGUCAUUUAUAUUAAAUCUGUGUUGGAACCGAAUGUUCAAGAAUUGAAGGUCGGCGUUCUGAUAACGGCGAAUAGGAAAGGCGAGCCGCAGAAAGGAAAGCUCAUCGAUCGUGCAAAUGAACGCGAGUCAUUGGAUGCUCGUUUGAAGGAAAUGGACGAGGCCGGUCCUAGUAAUAAAAAGGAGGAAGAACCCCAAGACUUCUCAUCGAGCUCUUCCUCGUGGGUGCCGAGUGAACGAGACAUAUCUACAGAUUCGGAAAGGGAAGCCCGAAAAGCUAGGUUGGAUAAAUAUUUACGGCAAUAUACUAACAAACGAACCAGCAAGAAAACAUUGACGCCUUCAAAUAAAGUUAGUGAGGUCGUAACGAAGCCGACAAACAAUAAUGACCCAGUUAAAACCGGUUAUGAUGAAAUAACUAUAGCAAAUUUUCUACAAUCGUUGCGCGCCCAAAAAACGGAGCCGUACCUACAAAUUACCACAGCACCGAAGAGAAUAAGUAUGGACAGUGAUACCACUCUUAACUUCCACGAAUGGUUCAGAGAACUUUUUAGAUCAUUCGAAAGAGUGAAAUGUGAAACUGCCCCCGAACAUAGAUAUCGUCAAGAAUUUAUUCCACCACCUAUUAUACCGCCGACAGUAGAAUUUGAACAGACCAACGAAGAAGAUAUAGAGAGCGAGCAUAAUAUGAACGACGAAUCAGAUCGUUCUGACGACAUCGUUCUAAUUACCAACAAACAUGACAGUGCUUUGAAUGUCCUAGAUAAAACUAAUGAAACGAAUAAUGCCACCGAAGUAACGAAAAAAGAAAAAAAAGAAGAUAAAACGGAAUGGGCACCCAUAGGUAGUGGAAAAACUUUGAUACACAUGGACCAGUUCAAAAAAAUUAACUGGUCGUCUUACACGAAAGCGACCCGUACUCUAUUGUUGGCAGUGUUUCCUAGAAGGGUUUUGGCUACUCACUCUCUUACGGGCAAACGGUCACCAGCAUUCCUCAAUAAGCCACCUAAACUAUGUUUGGAUCAGAAAAUAAUCGCGGAUGUUAUCGCGGAGAUAAUUGAGCGGUUUAAUGUGAAAGAAAAUCUAGUCAGGAGUAUCAUAACGACCAAGUGCGCCGAUGAAUGCAAAAUGUGGCGAGCCAGAAAGAUAAAGAAAGAAUCCAAAAAGAACCAAGAAAACAGACCACCUAAAAAGAAUAGCAAAUUCAGAGUGAAGGUUUUGAAUUAAUUUCAUCAUUGUUUUACUUGUUUUUUUUGGGAUGAAGAGAUUUUUGGUGGCACGGAGGCGUUUCUAACUUCACCAGGGUUGGCGAGCACCGACU